AAAAAAAGAAAUGCGAUGGUGUUCUGUGUAAUUUUCUAUGGUUCCACCUUUAACAACCAAACGAAAAAAGUGAAAAAUUUAUGAUCAUAACCCAUCUCUUAAAUUUGCUGAGCCGUUUAAAUAAAAUACUCGUUUUCAAUAGCUUUAGCAUCCCACGAUGAGCCCAGUACAUAGUAUGGAUUCAGCUGAGGGGCCCUUGGUGAAAAGGGCCCGCAAAUCAUACCCAGACAAUAACAGAUCAGUAUCGCUAUUUUCAGUAUCUGCGAGACAUCCACUUAAUGUGAAGCCAGGUGGGAACUCAUUGUUAGCCAAUUCAAUCGAUUUCAAGCCUUCUAAAUCACAACAAAUGGGUGAUUUCGAGAGAUUCCCUGAAGAAUUGCUAAUGGAGAUGUUUUCUUAUAUUCAAGAUCCAAAAUCAUUGAUGAGAUUAAGUCAUACUUCAAGAAUAAUGUAUGCAUAUUUAUAUGAUGAAGAGAUCUGGCGUAAGUUGAACACCCAUAAAGUGCUUGAAGGGGAAAGAAUCAAUCAGCAAUCAGAAACACUACCUUGGAAAGGUUCAUGGCGUUGUACCCUUUUAAGACUUGAAGAGUCAAAAGAAGCAAAAUUACAACUAAAGGACAAUUUAUUAUGCUCGGAUAUUUUAUAUCGUCCAUUUCAAUGUUCAAAAGUCGAUUAUAGUACUUUAUUCAGCAAAAUCAUUAAAGAGGAAUCAGUAUACCAUCAAGAUUCUUUAAAUGGAGAUUUCGAUCAUACUUUGCUACCAAGUGGUCGUAUUGCCAGAUUAGCUGAAUCUCAAUUAACUUUGAAUGAGUUUAAUGAGAAUUGGUCAAACAAGCCGUUUAUAUUAACUAAUGAAAAUGAAAAUAGAUGGCCAGUUUGGACUUUGAAUCAAUUAUUGGAAAGGUUUCCUGAAGUCAAAUUUAGACAAGAAGUGGUUCAAUGGCCAUUGAAGUUAUACUCGGAAUAUCUUGCCAACAAUAAAGAUGAAAGUCCUUUAUACUUAUUUGAUUGCAAUAGUAUGGCAAUGAAAUCUUUAAAGCAAGAAUACGCUCCUCCAAAAAUUUUCCAACCAGAUUUUUUCAAAACUUUUAAUCAUUUUUCAAGUAAACCCUGUCGUCCAGAUUAUGCCUGGCUUAUCAUUGGGCCCAAAAGAUCUGGUUCCACCUUCCACAAAGACCCGAAUAGUACUUCUGCUUGGAAUGCAGCUAUAUCGGGACGCAAAUUAUGGGUAAUGUUGCCUCCCGGAACAACUCCACCGGGAGUUGGUACCGACGAAGAAGAAAGUGAAGUAACAUCACCAGUGGGUAUUGCAGAAUGGGUUAUAUCGGGAUUCUUCAAUGAUUCUUUAAAAAUAGAAUCAUGUCAAAUUGGUAUAACGUUUCCUGGUGAAUGUAUGUAUGUUCCAGCUGGUUGGUGGCAUUCAGUUAUUAACCUUGAUGAUUCCAUUGCUUUAACUCAAAAUUUCGUUCCACAAUCCCAGUUAUGUAAAGUUUUAAAUUUUUUAAAGAAUAAACAUGGUCAAAUAAGUGGAUUUAAACCUAAAAAUGUUAAAUUAGUUAUGGAUGAGAUUCUCAAAUCAGAUAAGGAUAUAAAUAAUGAAACAUUAUCAAAAUUGAGAGAAUACACUUCUAUAUUCGAAUCAUUAGACCCUCACUUACAAGAAGAAGAUUGUGGAGAGAUCACCAGUGAAAAACUCCCUCCAAUGCCAAUAUUUGAACUUUUUAGUCAAUUAAUGAUCUUAGGUGACAACAAACAAGAACUUGAGGCUGGUUUAGAAAAAUUAGUCAAAUUAGAGAAAAACGAGUUAAUGAAAAAGACCGGGAAAAGUGAAAUGUGGACGAAACUCACUGAUGAAAAACAAGAAUCUGUUGGGUUUUCAUUUGGAUUCGGAUUUGAUGAAAGUGAUGAUGAGUAAGUAUAAUUUAUAGAUUAAUAGAUAUUUUUUUGCAUUCAUUUUACUUGCUGCAAGUAGGAUAAUUUCGCAGGUGAGCAAAAAUAUGGAGUGACUAAGAGGCAGAGAGAAGAAAAAAAAAAUGAA